GUUUUAUCAGUGUCACCUGGAGACACAUCCAGCCACAGCACAGAACCCGUAACAUAUUUUUGUGUUGUCUUCCAUUACCCUGUUCUUGAGGAAAGUAGGAGUGACGCGGAAGCCUGAGGAAACUUUCAAGACCAUCAACACCGCAAGAAUGGGCUGCUUCAGCAAGUAUGGUCUCAUCACGAUCAACUUUUUCUUGGUGUGCAUCGGACUGAGUGUGGUGGGGACCUCGGCCGCCAUCCUCCACAAGAACACAAUCUUCGGGGCGGUACUCACCAACGUGUUCUUUUCGGUGCCGCUCACCACCCUGCUGGCCGGCAUCUUCCUCACGUGUCUUGGGUUCUUGGGCUGCCUCGGCGCCAUCAAGGAACACUCGUGCAUGCUGAAGUUGUACGCCGUGGUGGUGGGGGUGCUCCUGGUGGCCGUGUUGGCCACCGGCAUCGCUUUGGUGGUGUUCUCAGCCAACACGUCAGACUUCAUCGUCCGCAGCAUGACCAAAGUAUUCGAUGAGUACGGCGAGGAGGACCAGGAAACCCUCACCGACAACCUCGAUUACCUCCAGAACACAAUGGAAUGCUGCGGCAUCAACGGCUACGAGGACUGGGCACAGUAUCCCUAUGGCAACGGGACGAACGUGGCCGACGGCUGCUGCAUCGACGAGACCGUGGGGUGCGGCGUCAACAUGUUGAUCAACCCUAACGCAACCGAACUGGUCUUCACGCGCGGCUGCCUCUCCUUCGUCACCGGCGCCUUUAGUGCCAUCUGUCUGGCCCUCAGUAUUCUUACCUUUGCCCUCGUCCUCGUCCAGGCUCUGAGCAUCACCUGGGCCUGCAUCAUUGCCAAGGACUCGCGGAGGUACGAGAACAUUUGAGGAGGAAACAAAACAUCCUCUCGGCCUGCUUCCCCGUAAGAAAAUCUAAGCAGGAAGAUUCUUUACACAUGUUAUCAGCACAUCAUUAUAAAAUACCAAAAGAAAAAGUGUGUGUGUGUGUGUGUGUGUGUGUGUGUGUGUGUGUGUGUGUGUGUGUGUGUGUGUGUGUGUGUGUGUGUGUGUGUGUGUGUUCAAAUUUGGUGUCGGCUUAGCCCCAAUAAGUCGAUAGUUAUAUCAGCUAGACUGACUUGGUUUCAAACAUGUUCACAUCAGAUUCUCCGCCAAUCCUCUGCGAGCUUAAAAUCUCAAAUUUAUAAACCUCCUUCAAAGAGUCCAUUAGGAAAAGAAAAAUAAAGAUUAUGUUUUUUCUAAUGAAAACAAAAACAAAAAAAGACUAAAUUCCUUGUGCACACUAAAACAAACGCGGCGCCGAGGCCAACCAGCGACGCCCCGCGCCGCGCCGCGCCCCCCGCACCGGCGGCGACGGGCGGGCCCAGGCGAUGUGCCCCCCUUCAAUAGUAUUACUGCCUAUUUUUAUUAUUAUCAUUAUCAUCAUUUCUAUUAUUAUUAUUAUUAUUAUUAUUAUUAUUAUUAUUAUAGUAAUAAAUAGCGGAGGUGACUCACUACGCCGCAGCUGCGGUUCGAGUCCUGGCUGGGGUAUAAUCAACCUGUCUUUCUUUGAUUCAUUAUUAUUAUUAUUAUUAUUAUUAUUAUUAUUAUUAUUAUUAUUAUUAUUAUUAUUAUUAUUAUUAUUAUUAUUAUUAUUAUUAUCAAUAUUAUUAUUAUUAUUAUUAUAACAUCAUUAUUAUUAUUAUCAAUAUUAUUAUUAUUAUUAUUAUUAUUAUUAUUAUUAUUAUUAUUAUAAUUAGUAGUACUACAACUAACAAUAGUACGAAUAUGAAUAAGAAUAAUGAUACUACUACUACUACUACUAAUAAUAAUAAUACAAAUACUACUACUACUACUACUAAUGAUAAUAAUAAUAAUAAUAUGAAAAAGUACUUUGUUUACUCACUUUGAAUCUGACAACUCGGCAGAAUAUAUUAAAAUAAUCUCAAAUGAAACAAUGAGCUGCAUAUAUCUUGGUUUCCUAUAUCUCUCUAUCUUCCACUACUUACUUAAGACUUCAUGUAUACUACCGAAGGACGUUUAUAUGUAGUGUUCAACGUUGCUCGACCCCUAUAAUGGACUGUAAUACAAUAAACGACAACUUGCAA